AUGCGUGUGGAUGCCACAGAGUUCGUUCCUGCGAACUAUCAGUGGGGCCAGCCCACAGAAAGGCCGCAGCUGUCUGCUAACACUCCAGCCUUCGUCCCGGGCGCCGCGCAGGCCCCUUGGACGUCCGAGUGGGUUUGGCAGGAGCACCCGGAGGCUGCAGAGUACAGCGCAGCCUUCCAAGAAGAGGAUGCUUUUGAUGAGGAGAGCUUUCUGACGCCGCAGCUGCUUCCAGAGUCCUCUGGCGUGCCGCAGUCUGCAUCCCUUUCUCCAAAGUCGAGUCAGGAAGAUGACGGAAACCCACCCGAUUGGGAUCCGGGGCUCAGUAGCCAAGCCAGCAGCCACGCUGCCGCUGGCUCCGGAGCUGGCUCCGCAGCUGGCGGUUCAACUGUUUUGCCGCGGCUUGGAGUCCUUGCGGUGGAAGGGCGGCGGCUGCAGUGGUGCAUCGAGGGAUCAGAUGUUGGCUUCUCCCCUGAGGAUUGUGCUCAAGGUGAAGGUGUGGAGAGCCAGAAAUUCAGCGUUGCAGGUGUUCUCCUCAGACUGGCCUUCUUUCCAAAUGGCACCUCGAUGACGGGAGAUGGGGAUUGUGCAGUGGCGGUGCUUUGUGAGGAGAAGACAAAGCUCAAGUUUGAGCUUUUUCUCAAUGGCCGCCGCAGUGGCGCAAAGGAAAGCCAUCAGAAGACGCCAGUAGCACCCUGA